AUGUCGAGGACAACAUCAAGAACAUCAUCUAAGGGAAAUAUGGUAACACCAUUUUCCAUUGAUACAAUUGAAGAACCGGAAUCAACUCCCAAUUCAUCAGACAAGAAAUCGAGAUGUUGGAUGUGCUCUCCAAAGAAAGUCCUCAGCUUGAGGAAUAUCAUCAUUACACUGAUUUCAUCAUCGAUCAUUAUUAUUGCCUUCAUUGUGUGGAUUAUUGGAUUCACUGCUUCCAAUUCCUCAACAAAGAUACUCAGUGAUAAAUUAAAAGACAGUUCAACCGAGAGAAUUGUAGUAAUGAUUGAGGGAAUGUUUACACAGGCACAGGAAUUGGCUCUCUCCUAUCGAUAUUUCUAUGAUAAACAAACGAAUCAUAUGAGGAAUUUUCUGGAGGAUCGAUCUUUGUAUGAAUAUUCAGUGAAGAAUCUCUUGUUUUCAUCACUGAUAACGAGGCAAGGUUUGAUUAAUUCUGUGAAUUUUGUCUUUGAGAGUGGACAUGUUGUGGGAUGGGAAUGUAACCUUAAUGCCUGUGAUUAUUUCAUUUCGAAACAGGAUGAUUUGAGGCUGAUGGCUUAUAAUUAUGAUUUUGAAUUGGAAACAUUGGCCAACUCGACAACAUAUGAAGUACCAAACUUUAAUGCCAGUAUCAUUAUUCCAACCUAUAGCAUUGUAACCAACGCAGCAAAAGUGGAUAAAUCUCUGAGGAAAACUGGCAUGUUUUUUCCAAUUAGUAGACACGUUCUCGUAUCCAGCAUGUAUGUCACAAGUGUUGCCAUUCCCUAUUAUGGAUUAGAUGGAAACAUGUUAGGAACCUCAAAUGUUGUCUUUUACGUCGACACCUUAAAUGCCAAAGUUAGAAGUGCGAAUCCAUCUAUUGGAGGAUACAUUCUAGUUCUAGAAGAUAGUGGUGUGAUUGUAGCUCACUCAUUUGCCAAUCUCACAGCCAACAUGGAGAAACCAUGUUAUUUGGGAGGAAAUCUAUUGGUUCAAACUUUGUGUUCAUAUUUAUUACCUGAUCAGAAUAGCUCUUCAAUAUCUGAUCGAUUUGGAAAUACUCCCUCGAGUAAGUUUAGUUUGGAAGGGUUUUCUGUCCAGAGAAAGGAGCUCAAAUUUCCAGGUAUUACAUGGCAUGUCUUGAUUGCAAUUCCAGAUGAGGAAAUAUUGGGAGACAUUCUGAUUCAAUCGUAUAAUACUGUGUGGAUUUCUGCUCUUGUUCUGGUUGCAGCAAUAAUAUUCUCUGUCAUUACAACAUUUUCACUGUUCAGAACUUUAUCCAUGUUGGCUCGUUGCUUUACAGAUAUUCAAAAUUUGGAUUUGGAUGCACCAACCAUUGUCAAAGCAACAUCAAUUCUAACUGCAGUCUAUGAAUUACGUGAGCUCCAAAACAAUUUUAAGAGCAUGAUUGUCACAUUGAAAUCCAUUAGAAAGUUUGUCCCAGUUCAAAUUAUUAGGAAAAUUCUAAUAACUGGGAGGGAGGCAUCUCUAGGUAUUGAGGAUGCUGAUGCAACCAUUUUCUUUUUGGAUAUUGCUGGGUUUACCACCAUGUCAGAAAAGAUGGAGCCGAAAGCUCUGGUCGAUUUGGCAUCCAGUGUAUUCGAAAGUUGUUCUCAAUCUAUUAACAAGCACAAUGGUGUCAUUGACAAAUUCAUUGGUGAUGCUGUCAUGGCACUGUGGAAUGUUCCGACAAGAACCAAAGACCACGAAUAUCAUGCCCUCCAAUCAGCCAUUGAAAUUCAAUUGGAAAUGGAAAUGAAAAAUGUACCAGUUCGUAUUGGAAUACAUUCAGGAAGAGUAAAGGCUGGAAAUAUUGGAAGUGUGGAUCGAUUCAGUUUUAGUGUUUUGGGAGAUUGUCCUAACGUUGCUUCCAGAUUUGAGGGCGCCAACAAGGUCUACAUGAGUAAGAUCAUAUGUGGAUCAAGUACAAUAGAAGUUGCAUUGCUGAGCGAGGAAAGAUUAGCCAUCAAGGAUCCAUCCUUGAAGAGAAUUGUAAAUAGAAGACUCGACAAGUUGAAACUCAUUGGAAAGGAACAUCCAGUUCUUGCCUAUCAGAUAUUCUUGAGUGAAAAUCCCAAACAUACCAAUGGAUUGGAUAGCAGAGAUUUGAAAAUGUAUGAGAAGGGAUAUGACUAUCUCGUUGAAAAGCAAUAUAAGGAAGCUCUUUCAAUAUUCUAUACUUUGGGAGACAAGGCACCGAAUGAUAUGGUCAUUAGAAGAAAGAUUAAUCUGUGCAGAUCUCUUGUUGAAAAUGCUGGUAUUGUUGAUGGAAAGAAAUUUGAAGGAUUUGUUGAAAUUACUGGCAAGUAA